CAGUCUUUGAAUACAGUUCCCUGAAACGAAAAAAUUGAAGAAAAAAAAUGAAAGUUGAAGUUGUUGGUUUGCUUUUAUUUAUCAUUGUAACAAGUCGUUCCACGUUUGGCCAACUUAAGGACGAAAAUAUACACUUUGCGGUGAUGGAUUCCAUGUUUUUGAAAGAAACGUUCGACACGGAAGUAUCAAAAGCGUUGGAAAAAUCAACCAAUCUAGCGGCAGAUCCGGCAAUGAACUUCGAUGUAAGCUUUGUGUCCGCUGUUUUAACCAUUACAGAUGAGUACUCGUUGAAUGUAGUGGGUACCUUAGCUCCAGUUUUGUAUGAGACGUUGAAGGAAGAAUAUGAAAACAAAGAUGCAUUGGGCAAAAUUAUCGAAAAAUUCAAGAUUCGAGACGAUGUACGAACAGACCUAUACAAAAAACACAUCACCAUUUCGAACAUUAUCGUCGGUAUCAAAAGAUUACACAAAUAUCCUGCCAGACUUUGUGUACAAUUGGAAAGUGCAAAUGGAGAGAUGCUUGAAAUUGUUUCGCAAUUGUCGUCACGAAAUUUAAAUUACCAUUUAUUUCCAUCAGUCACGAGCCAAUUGAUUUUAACGAUGGCACCAAUUGCAUUUUUGGCAGCCAAAACAAUGCCAUAUCUCGAAGGAAAAGGCCGUUUUACCGUCAGCAUAGAAGGAGUGUAUUGGAUAGGUUCUAUGUGGUCCGCUUCUAAAAGUUUACAAGUUCGGGUUUUUUCGAUUCUCCUCUUUUGCAGAGAACGGAUGCGGUAUUCACUUCAGAAAUUAUCAUCGUUUUAUCCAACAAAUGGAACAAAAUUAACAGUGUAUAUCACUCAGGAUUAAAAUUAAACGACACCGACUAUAUCACUAUUGACAUAAUAGAAGACUCUGAAACGAUAGUAUUUCGAAGUCCAAAAAUGACAAUUUCAAAUUUUGUGGAAGAAAGCCAUUUCCAAUACGAUGUAUUUUAUGUCGCUUUCAAUGCAAUUUGGAUUGCCGAACAUUCCAACGAUAACUAUGACAAAAUAUUGACAUCGAAAGGUGAAGAAUCAUCAAGAGAUGUAUUUGAACCGUGUUCCAUUAACUCCAGCGCGGUCAACGAAUAUUUG